AUGCCUGAAUCUAUUCAUCAUAAUAAUUCCAACAUUGAUGAUGCUCCACAAAUAGCAUCGGCCAAAAAACAACUGCGCGCUUCGAAUCCUACAUCAGUGAUUCGUUUCCCCGAAGAUUUCAAAAACUUUGACGCGAAUAAUGUCAAACAAAUGCGUCGUAUAGUUCAACCCAGUCAAGCGUAUUGCAAUUUAACGUUUAUUCAGGGUGAACAUACUAAAGAAGAGCUUUGUUGCUCGUAUGUAGACUUGCCUGCAGCCAACAUGAAACGUCUUGAAAAUGUUGAUACUUCCAUACCGCUGUCUCUCGAACAAAACAUAACUAAAACAUCUAAAAUGAUCGACCAAGCGAAACAACUCGCAUGGGCACUCACCGCUGUUGCUGCUAAUGUCUUUUGGCUUAAUAUUCAAGCAUUAAAUCUGUUUUGUAAUGAAAUUGGACGCAAGUUUGUGUAUUCGUCUGGUCUAUAA